UCCAGCCCCACUGUGGGGACCAGGGAUGUGUCCACCAUGGCCUGGACUCCUCUCCUCCUCCUGGUCCUGUCUUACUGCUCAGGUUCCCUCUCCCAGCCUGGGCUGACUCAGCCGCCCUCCCUCUCUGCAUCUCCUGGAGCGUCAGCCAGACUCACCUGCACCCUGAGCAGUGGCUUCAGUGUUGGGAACUUCUGGAUACACUGGUAUCAGCAGAAUCCAGGGAGUCUUCCACGGCAUCUCCUGACGUUCAAGUUAGAUUCAGACAAGCACCAGGGCUCCGGGGUCCCCAACCGCUUCUCUGGAUCCAAAGACACCUCCGCCAAUGCAGGGAUCCUGCACAUCUCUGGGCUGCAGGCCGAGGACGAGGCUGACUACUACUGUGGUACAUAUCAUGGCAACUCUGAGAGUUACACAGUGCUCCAGCCACACGGGGAAGUGAGACUAAAACACCCCUGCUCUCCUGGCCUGGUGCAGUCCCCCCUUGGUGGUGACUGUGACCAUGUCCAGCUCAGGGAUGACGUCUCCAGUGAUUGUCCUCAGGGAGCAGACCUGACAAUGGCACAUCCUUUUCUUCAGCUAAACUUUCAGAUUGAUCCACUGCUCAUAUCUUUUCACUCUACUAAUAUUUUCACAGGCAGAAAUAUUUUCACAGACAUAAAACUUUCUCAUGAGCUCAGCUACUACGAUGUUGCAUGGCACCAGCAGCAGCCAGGGAAGGCUCCUCGGUACCUGAUGUGGAUUAGCAGUGCUGGGAGCAGCAGCAAGGGGGACAGGAUCCCUGACCGCUUCUCUGGCUCCGGCUCUGGGGCUGACCGCUACUUGACCAUCUCCAACCUCCAGUCUGAGGACGAGGCUGAUUAUUACUGUCAGAGCUAUGACAGCAGUGGGGCUGAUUCUCAGACUGUGGUGAUCCAGGAACCGUCACUGUCAGUGUCUCCAGGAGGGAUGAUCAUGCUAACCUGUGGCCUUAGCUCUGGGUCAGUCUCUAAGGGAUAUUACCCCAGCUGGUACCAGCAGGCACCAGGCCAGUUUCCACGAAUGCUUAUCUACAGCACGAACAACUGCCCCUCUGGAGUCCCUGGUCGCUUCUCAGGCUCCAUUGCUGGGAACAAAGCCACCCUCACCAUCACAGGGGCCCAGGCUGAGGACGAGAGCAAUUAUUACUGUUUACUGUACAUGGGGCCCCUUUCUCUCCUCUGGGGCUGUAGGGGGGAUAAGAGAGACCUGCAGCCUGUCUGCCUCAGCAGAGCUCUGGGUGUCUGCACCAUGGCCUGGACCCCAUUCCUCCUCCUCAGCCUCCUACUUCAAUGCACAGAGUCCCUCUCCCAGCCUGUGCUGACUCAGCCGCCCUCUGCAUCUGCCUCCCUGGGAGCCUCAGUCAAGCUCACCUGCACCCUGAGCAGUGAGCUCAGUGGCUAUCCCAUUGCAUGGCACCAGCAGCAGCCAGGGAAGGCCCCUCGGUACCUGAUGUGGAUUGACAGUGCUGGGAGAAGCAGCAAGGGGGACGGGAUCCCUGACCGCUUCUCUGGCUCCAGUUCUGGGGCUGACAGCUACUUGACCAUCUCCAAUCUCCAGUCUGAGGACGAGGCUGAUUAUUACUGUCAGAGCUGGGACAGCAGUGGUAUUGCUCAGUGA